AUGCAAUAUAAAUAAUACAUUGAUCCAUACCUUAGCAAACAAAUUAACAAUCAAAGACCAUAUUUGAAUUCACUUAGAAGUCCUAGUUUUCAUCAUCCUAUAUAAAAUUGUACAUUCUUUUAUUAUUUAAAGCACUUUUGUGUUAAAGUAUCUCUGAAUAGAAACUCAAGCUCUCCGUUGAUCAAGAGAGCCAAACCAAAUUAAACAAUAUUGGACAAUCCCAAUGGGAGAAGUAUCUCCAUCAUGCCUAAACACUAGGAUUGGAUCCAAAUUACCAAAAAGAGUUUAACUUCAAUAUAAAGAAAUCAUUAAGCCUAAAUAAUUUGAAAUUAAUCUUUCACAACCUCGAAUUCAUAGUCCCAAUCUAAACUAAAGAUUUAAUAGAUCUUUCUAUAUGGGUCUCUAAGAAAUUAAUUCAUAAUCACUCAAAAGACCACUCUUGAAUUUAACUAGUACUGUUAUUAUGGUAUCUUAUAUUUAUGUUAACUUAGAUCUAAGAUAGCACUUAAGCAACAUCUGAGUUACAAACCCAAAAAAUAUAAUAGAAGUUUAGGCAUAAUUUCAUAUUUCAUUAUAUAAUUGGUACAGGAGGAUUUGGGAAUGUUUGGAAAGUUGAAUCAAAAAAGACUAGAAUGAUUUAUGCUAUGAAAGAACUUAAAAAAACAAAGUAUAAUUUAUAGACUAUUGAGAAUUUUAGCUAAAAAAUCUGUUAAAUCUGUUAUGAAUGAAAAAUAACUGUUAUAAAAACUU